AUGGCAUCAACUUCAGCUAAUGGAAGUAGUGAACAAACUUUACCUAUAGUAUUGUCAUCAACAAAACAACUACGUUAUUAUGUUGGCUACAAUCCUGAACAGUAUUAUUUAAUUAUGACAAAUAUAUUCAAUUUACUUUCUAAAUUGUCAAUGAAACUCAAAUUUACUUAUCGUUCAUCUGUUGAUUUCAAUGAAUCGAAUAAUACAAUUGUCUAA